AUGCCUACCCCAGUCAAUGCCGAGCAGAUCCUGAAGGACGUCAACCUUCUUGGGAAGCUCAACGACAAGACUCGCCAGGUCUUCUCCAAGGAAGCUACCAUCUUCCUUGCUGUCCUCCACCGCACAUUCAACGCACGCCGCAAGGCACUUCUUGAGCGUCGUCAGAUCCGCCAGCAGGAGCUCGACAAGGGCACACAGCUUGACUUCCUCCCCGAGACCGCACACAUUCGCCAGAAUGAUGCAUGGCGAGCAGCUCCACCAGCACCUGGCCUGGUGGACCGAAGACUUGAGAUUACUGGCCCUACCGACAGGAAGAUGGUUGUCAACGCAUUGAACGCCGACGUCUGGACGUACAUGGCCGACUUCGAAGACUCCAAUGCUCCAACAUGGGACAACAUGAUCAACGGCCAGCUGAACCUCUACGAUGCCAUUCGAAAGCAGGUCGACUUCAAGAUUGGCGACAAGGCAUACAAGCUUCGUACAGACCGUCCUCUCCCCACACUCAUCGCUCGUGCCCGCGGCUGGCAUUUGGAGGAGAAGCACUUCACCGUUGACGGCGAGCCAAUUUCCGGUGGUCUCUUCGACUUUGGCUUGUACUUCUUCAACAACGCGAAAGAGCUGGUGAAGCGUGGAGCUGGUCCAUACUUUUACCUGCCAAAGAUGGAGAGUCACCUGGAAGCGAGACUGUGGAACGAUGUAUUCAACCUCGCACAGGACUACAUUGGCAUGCCUCGAGGUACCAUCCGUGGAACCGUCUUGAUCGAGACUAUUCCUGCUGCAUUCGAGAUGGACGAGAUCAUCUACGAGCUCCGUGACCACUCCUCUGGCCUCAACUGUGGUCGAUGGGAUUACAUCUUCUCGGUCAUCAAGCGCCACCGCAACAACAGCCAAUUUGUGCUGCCAGACCGAUCCGCUGUCACCAUGACUGCACCUUUCAUGGAUGCAUACGUUCGCCUGCUCAUCAAGACAUGCCAUCGUCGUGGCGUUCACGCCAUGGGUGGUAUGGCUGCUCAGAUUCCAAUCAAGAACGACGAAGCUGCCAACAAAAAAGCCAUGGACGGUGUCCGCGCUGACAAGCUUCGUGAGGUUCGUGCAGGACACGACGGAACCUGGGUGGCACACCCUGCGCUUGCUCAGAUCGCCGGCGAGGUUUUCAACGAGCACAUGCCCACGCCAAACCAGCUUCACGUCCGAAGAGAGGAUGUGCAGGUCAACGCCAACGACUUGCUGAACAUGAACGUUCCCGGCAGCAUCACCGAGGAUGGAAUCCGCAAGAACUUGAACAUUGGUCUCGGAUACAUGGAGGGCUGGCUCCGUGGAGUCGGUUGCGUGCCAAUCAACUUCUUGAUGGAAGAUGCCGCUACCGCCGAAGUCUCUCGAUCGCAGCUCUGGCAAUGGGUCAAGCACGGCGUUUCGACCAGCGAGGGCAAGAAGAUUGACAAGCAAUACUCGCUCAAGCUUCUGUACGAGCAGGCAGCUGAGCUUGAGAAGGGCGCUGGCAAGGGGAACAAGUACCAGCUUGCGGCCAAGUACUUUGCUACGCAGGUGACCGGCGAGGACUACGCCGAAUUUCUGACAACACUCUUGUAUAACGAGAUCACCGCUGCAGGUGACAAGACUCCAGCAGCCAAGUUGUAG